GGUUAAUUAACAUUCUUCACCAACAAUGUCUAAAGGUAUCUAUCAACUGGGAGGGAUAUCAAAUCACUCAGCUCCUGUAGUAGGAGAAUCAAUGUUCCUGUGGGGAGGGGGUAGGCCUGACUUACCUAGAGUUCAUGAUUCCCCACAAAAGAGGAAAUUGUUGUCCACCAUUAAUAGACUGGAGUUUAGGACUGGUCAUUGGUCCUCUCACGUGACCAGAGGAACGUCACCUCCUCUAGGAGCUGUAGGAUACUUCUGUACUACCAGAAACAAUGAAAUCUUCUUUUUCGGCGGUGACUGUGGACAUGACCUCUGCUUUCAUAAUGAUGUGAACUCAUUUAACAGUCUGACAUAUGAAUGGAGUAAUAUAAUACCAACCAGUGAUGCUGUAAUGAAGAGAUCGGAAGGUGGUAUGGUGUGUAUGGAGUCUAUGGGUACAGAAUACCUAUUUAUGAUAGGAGGGAAUGGUUCUACACCCACUACAUACCAAUCACAGUAUCAGUAUAUUCAGAUAGUUAAUGGUUGUAUUCGUACUAAUGAACAGAAUUUAUUAAAUUUAUCAACAAGACAAUGGAUUAUUCCAACUAUUAGUGGUCAGUGUUGUCCUCCUACUGCUGGCUUUGCUAUUCAAAAGAUUACUAAUAAUAAAGCUGUCAUGUUUGGUGGAGCAGUGCCUAGGGAUGAUGGUUAUGAUAUACUUGUUAAUACAGUCUAUAAAUGUCAACUGAAGUCUGAUACUACAAUACACUGGGAGAGUGUUAAGGGACCAGUAGUACCUGCUAGUGUACAGUGGCCUGUGGAGAGACGUUAUCAUGCUAUUACUAGUAUCAUCAGUGACUCACCUACACUAGUAAUGAUAGGUGGAGAGGGUAAUGAUGAUCAACUAGUAAAUGAUAGUUGGUUACUGAAUACUAGUCAGUACCAGUGGAGUAAGAUUGUUCUACCUGAAUCUGUUACUGGUAGACAGUCUCAUUCCUUAUCAUCAAUAAUGAUGAGUCCAGACUGUGUGUGGUUGGUGGUAGUGGGUGGGGAAGGAACAGCUGAAUGGAAAGAUGUAGGAAAAGGAUACAAGCAAUCAUAUUCAAAAAAUAUCACUGAUCCUAAUAUCACAAUGUUAAUAGAACUACAUGUAGUUUUAAGAGAAGGUGAAUGGAGAGUAAGUGAAGUACUAGAUUCUACUGGUCUGACUACUGAGGCCUAUCAAGACAAGUACCAGUUAUUAUUAAAGAAGAGACAAUGGUGGCAAAAUCAGUUUAUAGUAUACCCUACAGAGAGAGAAGUAAAACUACAAAAUUAUGUAGAAUCGUUGCAACAGGAGUUAAGAGUAUCUGAGGGAAACAAGACCUCACUGCAGGAAGCACUCCUUGAGGCUAGUCAGCAAGAGAAGACAAGAGUAGAAGGAGUGAAAGAAACUAAACUAUCUUCAACUAAAGAAGAAGUGUCUACUGGACCAACUGAUGUUUAUAAAGAUAAUGAUGAUCUUAAAGGAGAGGAGGAGGAGCAGCAGACAACAGAUACUAAACAAACAAGCAGUCAAGAAGAGAAUGAGAAACUUAAAUCUCAACUAUCUGACAAAAAUAUGCUGAUAGCUAAACUGAUAAAGAAAGAGUCACAACUAAAGGAAGAGUUGCAGUCAAUGAAGGACACCACAACUGCUGAAAAAACAGUGACAGAGAUUAGUUCUAUUGGUAUUCAGUUUGAUUAUAUUGUUCCUUCAAUGGAUAAUUUAGAGUGUCUGAGUGACGUUAACAUAGCCAGUAAGAAACUGUUCCUAAUACAAGGAGACAGACCUCAACUGUUAAACUGGGAGAGGUAUGGGCUAAGAAUUGGAGUAUCUGGAGGAAGCCUAUCAUCCAUAGAGACAGCUGAGGUAGCCGUGGUGGCUCUUGUAGGAGGACAGUUUGUGUUUCCUAAGAACACUGUACUCAUUAGUGCUGUGUAUGCAGUCUCUGUUUCCAGAUCUCUUUUCAAGCCAUUACAUUUGGAGAUACAGCACUGCGUUAAUAUAACCAGAGAAGCACAAACCAAAUAUCUUAGCUUCUUUAUUGCCCCAGUCAGCACACCCAGUCUUCCUUACCAGUUCACAUUGGUAGAAGGAGGAGAGUUCAGUGUAGGGGAACGGUACGGGUCUAUUAAUCGUGAGAAGUUCUGUCUCGUUGGGAUUGGAGGUAGCCUCACUAAUGAAAGGGAAGGGGAAGGAGGAGAGAGAGAGGAUGAUGAUCAUAAUGGAGGAGGACAAGAAGAAGGAGAACUACAAGGAGGAGGAGGAAGUGGACAUGAGGAUGAGGGGAAAGAGGAUGAUGAUAAAGAAAAGGACGAGAGUGAUCAACAUGGAGCAGGAGUACAAGAGAAACAAGAUCAUAGAGUUGAGGAUAAAGGACAAGAGCAAGUAGAAAAGGAAGGAGACAUUGUUAAACAAAAAGGUUCCACUGGUAUAGCAGAAUCAAUGUCAUAUGCUGGAGUAACUUAUUAUGAGGAAAAAGGUGUUGAAGAUUCUGUGACAUUCAUUGCUGCUAAGAACCUAAAUGCCCUUCUUGAGUAUGUUAACGAUUAUCAUUCUAAAGCUGAGAUGGGGCAGAAUGUUUACUAUCGGUUUGGAGAAUCAUCCAAAUACAUUGAGCUCAAACUUAAUGAGAAGCAAGAGGAGCCAUUCACUGGCUGGAAAAUUAAGCCACACAUGAAACCAUGCAGAUUGUAUAAGGAAGACAUUGACAAUUUUGGUAAAGAAGAUUAUCCUCUUCCUCCUACUUGUAUCAUUUCAGUUUACGGGUCACCAGCCCCUGGUACUGAAGCUAUGCUACACUAUGCUAUACCAAUUGAAGGUGUAGUCCAUCCAGUAACAAUCUUCAUCCACAGAUCAUUAAGAAAUACUCCUCAUCCUUCAUCAGCAUCAGCCACUACUGCAGUACAAACUGGAGCACAAGCUAGUCCUAGUGUAUCUACAGAUCAACAGGUCCAGCAACCAUCAUUUGAUCCUGAACUAUCAGUAGAAGCUUUCAGGAAACAGUUUGGUACACUAUCAAAAUUGUUAUCAGUUUCUUCUAAUAGACUGACAGUUGCUCCUGAAUUAUUUAGUGAAGGUCUCGUCACGUUCGAUUGUUAUAAGAAUGCUACUGAAGGAAGUAGCAAGACAGAGGAAGAGAAGAGUACAGGUCUAAUGAUAUCACUAAUGUCUACAAUCAGUACACAACCUGAAUUACUAACUGAACUGAUUAAUGUAUUAAACAGAAUAGAACCAUUUAAACUAAUAGCUACUAAACUAGUUGAAGCUUCUUAUCGCUAACUUGCCUUUGAGUUUUAUUAUUAUUAUUAUUAUUGU